AGAAAGGACGUGACGUAGCUGUAGUGGAUGUAAAAUGGCGACGGUCGUGUGUUAGGUGAAAACACAACGGACGAGCGCAAACUCAGAGCUAGAUACAGAGGAAAUUAUCGUUUCUACAAGGGAAAUAUUAACCGCUGUGGUAUUUGUUGGAUCUCACUAAGGUUCAGUCAUGACCGAGCAGCCUGACGCCAAUGUUGGCGUUAGCCAGGAGGGGAUCGUGGGCCUGGAUGAGCCCAAGAAGAUGACCAGGGAGGACUGGAGGAAGAAGAAGGAGCUGGAGGAGCAGAGGAAGCUCGGAAACGCUCCAGCUGAGGUGGACGAGGAGGGCAAGGACAUUAACCCUCACAUCCCACAGUACAUUUCAUCAGUGCCAUGGUAUGUUGACCCAUCCAAAAGGCCCACACUAAAGCAUCAGAGACCACAGUCUGAAUGUCAGAAGCAGUACUCAACCAUUGGAGAGUGGUACAAGAGAGGAGUGCAAGAGAAUACUGUCACCACUAAAUUUCGUAAGGGAGCCUGUGAAAACUGUGGUGCGUUGACACACAAGAAGAAGGACUGCUUGGAGAGACCCAGAAAAGUUGGCGCAAAGUUCACAGGCACAGGCAUAGCUCCAGAUGAACACAGUCAGAUACAGCUUGAACUGGACUAUGACGGGAAGCGUGACCGCUGGAACGGGUAUGACCCAGAGGAACACCAGCGCAUCGUGGAAGAGUACGCCAAAGUUGACCUGGCCAAGAGGACACUGAAGGCACAUAAGCUUCAGGAUGAGCUGGCCUCUGGAAAACUGGACCAAUCUGAGCGGGAACAUGACAGCGAGGAUGAGGAUGAAGAUAAAUACGCAGAUGACAUUGACAUGCCUGGUCAGAACUUUGACUCCAAGAGGCGAAUCACUGUUAGGAAUCUGCGUAUCAGAGAAGACACGGCUAAAUACUUGAGGAAUUUGGAUCCAAAUUCAGCAUACUAUGAUCCAAAGACUCGAGCUAUGAGAGAGAACCCGUACUCCAACACUGGCAUGAACCCUGACGAAGUCGGGUAUGCUGGAGACAACUUUGCUCGCUAUUCUGGGGCCACGAUCACCAUGGCUCAAACACAGUUGUUUGCCUGGGAGGCCUAUGAGAGAGGCUCUGAGGUGCAUCUGCAGGCUGACCCCACCAAGCUGGAGCUGCUUCACAAGUCCUUUAAGGUCAAGAAGGAGGACUUUAAAGAAAAACAGAGGGAUAGCAUCCUGGAGAAGUAUGGAGGUGAAGAACACUUAAAUGCACCGCCACGGGAGCUGUUGUUGGCCCAGACGGAGGACUACGUGGAGUACUCUCGUCACGGCGCUGUACUGAAGGGACUUGAGAAGGCCGUGGCUCGCUCCAAGUAUGAGGAGGACGUGCUCAUCAACAACCACACUUGCAUUUGGGGCUCCUUCUGGAAAGAUGGCUUCUGGGGAUACAAGUGCUGUCACUCCAUGGUCAAACAGAGUUACUGCACAGGAGAGUCUGGAAUUGAAAUA